GCCAUCUUGGAGCCACCGUUCCUCUCGACCAAUGGGCAAACUACUCUCCUGUUUAAAGCUGGCAUCACCGCUCCAGCUUCGCCUGCUGCUCCCAGCCAUUGCCGUCUCUUUUCUAAGCCUCUCUUGCUUCUCGCUCUCUGUCAAGAACAUGUUCAUCAACACGACAGCCAGCCUGGUCGCCGGCGCCAGCAUCUUCAGCCUGCGUCCGGCGAAGCUUGCCGGAAGGAGGCUGCCAGGUCCAUCUUGCAGGGCAAGGACUGCGUCCCAUGGCUUCAGAACUUACUGCAUGAAGACAUGGAACCCUUUCACGAACACGAGGUACGAGGCGCUGUCGUACCUGCCUCCCCUCACCGAAGAAUCCAUCGCCAAGGAGAUCGAGUUCAUCAUGUCCAAAGGAUGGGUGCCUUGCCUGGAGUUUGACGAGGCCGGGCGGAUCCACCGGAGCAACAGCCAGAUGCCGGGGUACUACGACGGCCGGUACUGGACGCUGUGGAAGCUGCCCAUGUUCGGCUGCACCGACGCCUCCCAGGUGCUCCGCGAGGCGGAAGAGUGCCGGAAAGAGUACCCGGACGCCUACAUCCGCCUCAUCGCCUUCGACAGCUCGCGUCAGUGCCAGUGCAUGUCAUUCGUCAUCCACAAGCCCUCCUCUUCCCCUCCAGCAGCGGCAGCAGCACCAACAGCUAGAACUGAAGCCAGCCUAGCUUAGCUUCAAUCUUCAUCCAUGCCGGGAUGCGAUGCAACGUUACUACUCCCUGUUUUGAUGCUUGAUUAAUAUGU